AUGGUUGGUGAGCCUUUACUGGGCAUGGAUCAACGUCCUCAGAUGUGCAAUGAGAAUGCCCGCUGUCCCGGACAGUACUUCUGCCAUAUCGGCUAUGAUGAGUACACCACCUUGUGCUGUCCUUCAGUCGGUGACCCGUGCAACUUACCGUUGGCCGUUGGUAGAGGAAGCCAUAGAAUCGUCAGAUGGUAUUAUAAUGCGUUAACACGACAGUGCGAACAGUUCUAUUACACAGGUCUUGGCGGUAACGAUAACAAUUUCUUGAUACGUGAGCAUUGCGAGAGCACUUGUCCUGUUUGGGUGAAUCCUUGCGUUGGUGGCAACCCAUUGGUACUAUCAAAUGGUCAAACGAAGUUGUGUACACCAUCCGAUGAGAGCACUUGUCCCGCGACGUAUUGGUGCCAUCCAGGACUGGAACCGUCAACAACAGUGUGCUGUCCAGGACAUUCAGAUCCAUGCACACUACCGAGAGCAGAA